AUGUUUUCUGUAAACCAAGACGCGUCACUACUAGGAUUCCAGUUGUAUGGUCCCAAAAGCAGAACCACUGCAAAUUAUGAUGUCAGAGCUUUCAUAACUGACACGACAACAGAUGACGUAAUCGAAGGUUCAUCAGUGACAAAGUCAGUCUCAGUCGCAGAUGGGACGACAAGAUAUGACGUGGAGUUUCCUCGACCCCUAAAACUGAGCAAAGACAAGAAGUACAAUCUGAUUGUUAACAUCAAGGGACCUAACUCACACUAUGGGUGGUCGGGCAGAUCUACAGUACAGAACGGGUCGUUUAUGUGUUCGUUCUUCAACUGCCAGAAAUCCAAACACGGUAACGAACUACACCCAUAUACAGAUGUGAGUGGACGACAGAUACCUGAUUUGAUGUUCUUAGUAUGA